AUGCAAUACUGUCAGCGCUGGUCGAUCAAAGUGUGGACGCUUCGCCUCACCAUACCCAUUGGAAAGGGGGUACGAAAUUGCGAUACUAUAUCGCCGAAGCUGUUCACGGCUGCAUUGCAACGGUUAAAGAAAUCACUUUCCUGGGAAGAAAGGGGCAUACGUGUUGAUGGAAGAUUUCUCUCGAACCUUCGCGACGACAUCGUUCUCAUAUUGAGCAGUACCAAUGAAGCAGAAACGAUACCCAACGAAUUGAACGAAGAAGGGAAGAGAAUAGGACUGCGAAUAAAUAGAAGGAAGACACAGAUAAUGAAGAACGCCCACUGCGAGGACGGAGGAGCACAACUUGAAGGCUCCCAAAUCGUGGAAACUUCGUGA